GGGAACUUGUCUGCCGUCCGCCAUUUUCCGCUGGUUGCAGUUAGUUCUCUGAUCAAGGAGAAAUAAGGCAACCAGGAAACUCAACUGACCCCUUAAUUAGGGACAUUGUCGUGACACCAGACAAUGCAGUGGUGAAAGGGGGUCUUUUGGAGUAAUUGUGUGACGGACUUCUGGACUUUUGUGCGUAGAGAAGCGGGAUUGCGGCGGCCCCUAAUUGUAGCUGGGCCUGCCACGUAGUCAAAAAAAAGGAAAAAUGGACUUACGGACUAAAACCAUGGCAUUUGUGCUAUUUUAUUUAUUUGUUAUCUUUUGUCCAUCUCAGGCAGCCAAUUCGAUUUUACCAACUGGUUCCAUAGAUUUUAUGAACGAAUGGUACUCAGAUGUGAGUGCUGCAAGUCAGCCGGUGUUUACUGAAGGGAUGUGCCCGGCAAGACAAGGCACGGGUCCCGAUGGUGCUUUUGAAGUAGACUCGUCACAAUCAUGGUCAUACAGCAUGUCGGAACUAGCAAAAGAUCGAUUUUCAAGCGACAAUUUUUCAAUCAUAUUGACGUUCAGUAGUACUUCGAAUGCCGAGAAUACCGAGAUGUUCAGGUUUACAGGAGAGUAUGGGCAAACAGACCUAGCAUUUCUCUUUGGACCUGGCGGAUCGAAACUCGUAUAUACAGGCCUCGUCGAAGAUCCAAACAACAUUCCUGAAGAAUCUGUGUGGAACUUACCUUUUGGAAUAAAUGCUGAUGAGUGGCACCGCGUAGCAUUCAGUAUAGUUGCAGGAACGGUAACUCUGUUUCACGACGGUGUAAUUGUUGGUAACAUGUCAGAAUCAGCAUUCGUCGACAAAUAUGGACAUUUCACAAUUUCUGGUGGAGAUGAACCAUUCAGGGGUAAGAUCCAGGACCUGCUCUACGUGCCUGUUGACUUUGCGGCAUACGAGCAUGGUUACAUAUACUGCCCGGAUUGUGAUUUUGCGUUCCCGAAGCCCGAUGACAACGGAUUCAUUUUCAGGAGUAGCAAUGUGGAUAGCUAUGCUGUUGGAGGGGCAGAGGGAAAUUAUUCUUGGGGGUCUGCCUACGAUGGUGAUGAUAUGGAAGCAGGCUAUGGGCUUGGCAUGGACAAGAAAGAAACUGUAUAUGCUGUAGACAAAUACGGAACACAGAUGGGUUCAGCCAUGGCAUUAGGAGUCCCAUACGGCCCACCAGGACCACCUGGCCAACGUGGACCAAUGGGACCACCGGGACCCAAGGGUGACACGGGUUUCGCUGGACGAGAUGGUCUACCCGGGAACAAUGGACUUCCAGGCCCACCAGGAAACACUCUUAUCAUCCCGAUGAAUAUCGACGGUAAACAUCAAAGUCAAAGAGAGGCUUUCCAGUUACUUCUAAAACAACAUAUGCAAUCUAUGCGCGGAGCACACGGUCCUCAGGGAAUGACAGGUCUACCAGGAAUGGCUGGUCCACCAGGAGAUCCCGGAGAGAGAGGAGAUGAAGGUCUUCCCGGAGAACAGGGACCGCCGGGACCCAUGGGUAUGCCAGGACCGGAUGGACCAAGUGGCAAGAGGGGGCGUAGCGGAAGAGAUGGUGCGCGUGGUCCUAUUGGACCACUCGGAGACAAGGGCGAGGCCGGUUAUCCAGGAAUACCAGGCAGAAUUGGAUCUAAAGGAGACCGGGGUUACCAAGGAUCAGCUGGACCUAUGGGACCGCCAGGACACGACGGAGAACAGGGAGAACAAGGAGAGCCAGGUGCACCAGGACCAGCAGGCGACCAGGGUCUUAGAGGUUUUAUGGGACCAAGGGGAAAGCCCGGCCCUGUUGGUGUUCCGGGAAUACCAGGAGCUGAAGGUGCACCGGGGCCGAAAGGAAACCAGGGAGGUAUCGGAUCCCCAGGUGCUCCAGGACAAGCAGGUGCCCCAGGACCAGUGGGUUCUCCCGGACCACCAGGGCCGCUCGGACCACAAGGUAUUCCAGGCGCCCAGGGCAAACCGGGUCUUGCAGGUUUACCCGGACCCAUAGGACCACCAGGUAUUGAUGGACUUAAAGGCACACCUGGACCCAAAGGCGACAUUGGACCCCUUGGUCUACAGGGAAUUAUUGGCUAUCCAGGCCCAAGAGGAACAAAGGGCGAUACUGGAGCUAGAGGACUAAUGGGCGCAAAAGGCAAUCAGGGACUUACUGGGUUCCCUGGAGAUCGUGGGGACUUUGGACAGAAAGGGGACAAAGGAUCGGUCGGAGAUUACGGCCCAAUUGGUCCAGAGGGAAUCGAAGGGUCAAAGGGUGAUCGUGGUCCGACUGGUGAAGACGGUCCACCUGGCAAUCAAGGCGAGAAGGGACGUAUUGGAACCCCAGGGCUACCAGGGUAUCCAGGGCCACCUGGUUUAAAGGGUGACAGCGGUGGGCGUGGACGACGUGGAAAACGAGGGCGCAGUGGAAAAUCUGGACCACCAGGCCCAGUUGGUGAUCGUGGCGAUCCCGGUGCACAGGGACAACAAGGCGAACGUGGUAAAACAGGCGCGCCUGGCCCAGUUGGACCCAAGGGAGAUAAUGGUGUAGCAGGACCUCCGGGGCCAGUCGGAGAACAGGGAAUUCAAGGACCACCAGGAAUGCAGGGUCCUCCAGGGCCACAAGGAGCUAAUGGGUUGCCAGGAAAGGAUGGACUCCGUGGUGCACCAGGUGAAAGGGGUGAGCCGGGCCAGCAAGGUCAAGUAGGUGCCACAGGGCCAGCAGGUGUAAUGGGACCAACAGGACCACCCGGGGAUCCAGGACCGGUAGGGGACCGGGGACCUCCAGGCAAUCAGGGAUUACCAGGAGAUACAGGACUCCCAGGGCAGGCAGGACCACCUGGCGAACGGGGACCACAAGGUAUAGCAGGAGACCUUGGACCACCCGGUCCUCCAGGACCACAGGGAUUUGUUGGGGACCGUGGAUAUCCUGGACCACCAGGCAGAGAUGGACUGCCAGGGGACGACGGUCCUGAAGGCCCGCCUGGACCACAGGGUGAGAAAGGAGCAGAGGGGAUAGCGGGAGAUUCGGGACCACCAGGACCAAUGGGACCACCAGGACCCCCUGGAUUCGAAGGACGCAGGGGCACAAAGGGAGAUAUGGGUAUAGAAGGACUCCCUGGUGAUUCAGGCGGGCAAGGCCCCGAGGGACCUCGUGGACAUCAAGGACCAGCUGGGCCGGCCGGUCCUCCAGGCCAGGAUGGCGAUAAGGGUGAACAAGGACUUCCAGGGCCGCGCGGACAGAAGGGAGAAUACGGUAUUCAGGGACCACCAGGACCUCAGGGACCACCAGGAUUGCAGGGAUCUUUGGGACCACCGGGUCACCCGGGAGAGCCUGGUAUCCAAGGCAUUCAAGGACCACCAGGAAAUAAGGGAUCCGAGGGCCCAAGAGGAUUAGUGGGUAUGUCUGGAAACCCUGGACUACAGGGUCCACCAGGGGCCCCGGGUCCAAAAGGAGAACAUGGCGAUAGCGGUAUAUUAGGACCACCAGGAGCACCAGGUCCACAAGGGCCACCCGGACCCACUGGUGGCGUUGGCGCACCAGGUUUGCCUGGAAAUCCAGGUUCUGAAGGAAGAAUUGGACCAAAGGGAGACCCAGGAGAUCCCGGACAACCUGGACGUGCUGGCCUUAACGGAGUUGAUGGACCCCCAGGACCUCCUGGAGCACCCGGAGAAGAGGGUCGACCAGGUGUCGCAGGAGAACCAGGCCCGAGAGGCCCGCCCGGUAUUGAUGGUCCCAAAGGACAUUCUGGAGAGUUUGGACCACCAGGCAAUCCUGGACCUCCUGGUCCUACCGGACCAAAGGGUGAAGCUGGCCUUGACGGUAACGAAGGAAAACAAGGAUCUCCAGGCCCGAUGGGACCGGUAGGAAUUCCUGGUGAAAACGGUCUGCAAGGUCCGACUGGCAAGCAAGGACCACAGGGCUUACCAGGUGUCCAGGGAUCAGCAGGAGAAUCCGGACCAAAGGGAGACCGAGGACUUCCGGGACCACUUGGACAACGCGGACCACCAGGGCCCCCGGGUGAUCAAGGAAGAGCUGGACCGAGUGGACCACCUGGAUCGCCUGGUCAGAAUGGUGAAGCCGGACCCCCUGGAGCACCGGGAAGCUCCGGAGAACCAGGUGUAAUUGGACCUGCCGGACCUAUCGGCGCAAAGGGUGAACAAGGCAUGAAGGGAGCUAAGGGCCACCACGGACGUGUCGGACCGACCGGUUUGCCAGGGGAUCAAGGACCUCAAGGACAACCCGGAAUUCCAGGACCUCCCGGACCAAAAGGAGAACGCGGAGAAACGGGACCAAUGGGCCCAACUGGACCUCCCGGCGCUGAUGGGGCCACUGGGCCUACGGGUAUAGAAGGUCCAAUGGGACCAAAAGGAGAACCUGGACAAGACGGGCCACCAGGAAUCCCAGGUCCUCAGGGUCCACCUGGUCCAGCCGGUCAACCUGGCGGCGCCCAGCCAUAUCCUUCUGAUCUGCUUGGCGGAGGAAGUGACAACUUGUUGGUGGUUAGAAAGAGGAGAAGCGUACAGGAGCAUCCUGCUAUUGUCAACCUACCAGACCUAGAAGCUGACUUUGAAGAGGCUAUGAUUGCUAUCACUGAAAACCAGGUAACAUUAACGGAAGGAGUUCAUAUGUUUGUGGACAAGAUGUGGAACCACAUUGUAAAAGUAUCAAACAUUGUUGAUGAACUAAAAUAUCCACCAGGCUCAAGAGAAAGCCCGGCCUCCUCUUGUAAAGACAUCAAAGUGUCUUACGAGGGCUAUCAAGAUGGUAUGUACUGGAUUGAUCCUAACCAAGGUGGUGUCGGUGAUGCCAUCGAAGUAUGGUGUAAUAUGACUGGUGGUGGACAAACAUGUGUACAACCGAACGAAGAGACUGAUAGGGCUGAACUGAGACACUGGCAAAAUGGAGAGUGGUUUAGUGAAAUGGACGGUGGAUUUGAGAUAACAUACAACGAGCAAAUCAAUGCAUUAGCAAUGAAAUCAGAUGUAGCGACACAGAUGUUUGUGAUUGACUGUGAAGGUGCAGCUGCCUGGUUUGACCAGGAUCUGCAAAGUACUGAAAAUGCCAUGACAUUACUAGGACUUAAUGAACACUUGUUUGAAACCGCUGAACUUAAUGGCGUAACUGUUCUUCAAGAUGGCUGCAAGGACAAGACUAACGGUCAAACAGUGUUCCAGUUGAAGACAAAGUCAUCUCGACUACCAGUGAUUGACUUUAUGCCUAAGGACUAUAGCAAGUCCAACCAGAAGUUCGGUUUCCGUGCAGGAGCAGUGUGCUUUCUUUAAAUCUCGUGUAGCUUGAUGAACUCGUGCUUGUGUUUGCUCAUUUAAACUUUAAAGAUGAUUAAAUUUGGUGUUUAUUGUAUUCAGCUAAUGAUAUCCAUGGACGUAUUUCAGUUUUAAGUAUUAAAAGUACAAAAUAUAUGACCAUAUAACAAUAAUUAUGAAAGCGUGAACAUGAGUUUUAUUCUUGCGUAUAUUGGGAAAUCACAAAAUUCCGAUAAAAUUACUUAAAGGAGUGAGCUACCAGUUUUUAAUAUUAAAACAUACAGUAUUUAAAUUGCUUGUAUCAUUUGAAAACAAAAAUGACAUUCUUUGAAUAUAAAGGGAUGAGCCUUUUUAUCAAACUUUUUUAAAGAACUUUUAACAUAAACUUCGAUCAAUUAAAAUAAACUUGACGUAUCUGCUGAGAUAUCAUUAGCUGUUUUAAUCCGUCCAUAUGAUAACAUUUUUUCUUUUUCCUGUUAUUUUGUAAAUAUAUUUGUCUUGUGAAUUUGACAAAUUAUCGCACAUUGUUUUCUCGUGACUCUCUCGGGAGUACAUCACACAGUGUUAUGUUGAUGUCCUGUAACCAAUAUUAAAGUAUACAUUUUACAUAGCUAAUGAGAAGCUAAGUACAAAAUCUUUAUUUUUUGCCAAUUAUUACUUUGCAAAAUUAGAACUGUUAUUUCUCCAAAAUUUAAACCUAAAAUUUCGAAAGUGAUAAUAUUACUGUUGAAUAGUAUAACUGUGUCUUGUUCAAGAUAGUGUCGUGUCUGUAACCACGAAAGGUUGUAAUUUUGUUCUUGUUGAUUAAUGUGUUUAAACUAUAUACUCCUCCAUUUGAAAAUGUAAACGUUAUUUGUACAUUGUGAUGCGUCCAAAAACAAAAACAAUCUGCCUCCGUAUCCUAGCUACACUGUGAUCAACUCAUCUUGAGCGCCGCCGCCAAUCUUCAAUAUGCAACCAUUUCUAGUAUAAACUGGCAUUUAUUUUUAUAAAAAGUGAUGAGGCCGGGAUGUUUGCAAUUCGGUUUUUAUUGAUACUACAAUGGCGAAGUGGACAAUCCAGUCGUUAGGGGUGUGGUCAUCGCAUUUAUACCAGGGACGUAGUUACAUUUUCUAUUUACAUUUUGCGGCGAAACUGGUACACUUACGGUACUGCGAAAAACAAAUGCUCAAGUACAAAGAUGAUUAUUUGUAGCACAAACAAAGCGGACAUAUCUUUUCUAUGACUUAAAAAGCAUAUUCCCGUCAUCAUUUGGAAACGCUGCACUUGCUAUUCCCUGACUACUCCUCUCAUUUAUAAUUCUCAUAUAUUUAAUAUUAUUGAAUUUUCUUAACUUGGAAUAUUCGAAAACUGUAUUACUAGAAUUAAUUUUAAUGUUCUUACGAAAUAAAUGCCAAUGGAAGGAAAUUGGUUGCAGAAGAUGCGUGCGCACUUUGUUUAUCUUUGUCACAUGUCAUAGAUCAUUCACGCCUACUCCCGGGAGCUACCAUAGCAACACAUUUAUUUACUAUAGCAACAGUAUCAUGUGCACAGCUCACUGCUUUGUUUGCCACGCUUUAUGCUUCGCUGGUAUCAUGUAUCAAAAUAAAACAUUAUAUAUUC